AUGUGUAUGUACUGGGAGGCCCGUAUUGACAGUCACGGCCGUGUGUUUUAUGUGGAUCACAUUAACCGGACCACCACUUGGCAACGGCCAACGUCCGCUGCCACGCCGGAUGGCCUUCGCAGGUCUGGUUCCGUCCAACAGAUGGAGCAGCUCAACAGGAGAUACCAGACCAUCCAGAGGACGAUGGCCACAGAGAGAAGAGACGAGGAGUCAGGCAGCCCACGCAACGAGAGAACAGCCAGCACCGAGACAGACUCGCCUCCACAGACAACCGAGUUGAGGAGAGACACUCCAUGUUCUCCAGGUCACUGUCAGAAGAUCACAUUACUGCUGCAGAGUCCCGCGGUCAAAUUCAUCACUCACCCAGAGUUCUUCACCGUUCUCCACGCAAACUAUGGGGCAUAUCGUAUGUUCACCAACAGCUCGUGUCUGAAACACAUGGUCCUAAAGAUCAGGCGUGAUGCCCGAAACUUUGAGCGUUACCAGCACAACCGUGACCUGGUGACCUUCUUGAACAGGUUUGCUGAUGCUCAGUUGGAGCUGCCUCGUGGCUGGGAGAUCAAAACAGACCCGCAGGGGAAGUCUUUCUUUGUAGACCACAACAGUCGUGCCACAACCUUCAUUGAUCCCAGGAUCCCCCUGCAAAACGGCAGAUUGCCCAACCACCUGACGCACCGCCAGCACCUGCAGAGAUUACGCAGCUACAGCGCAGGAGAGGCGUCAGAGGUGUCCCGCAGCAGAGGAGCGUCUCUGGUCAGCAGAGCGGUCAGGAGUCAGUAUCAGCCUGAUUCAGUGCCUCUAGCUUACAAUGAUAAGAUCGUGUCUUUCCUGCGUCAGCCGAACAUCCUGGAGCUGCUGCAGGAGCGUCAGCCGAGUCUGGCCAGGAAUCACUCGCUCAGGGAGAAAAUCCAUUACAUCAGAAGCGAAGGUCCUCAGAGCGUUGAAAAGCUGUCCUGCGACGCCGACCUGGUCAUGCUGUUAAGUCUGUUUGAUGAGGAGAUCAUGUCGUAUAUUCCAUCUCACUCUUUCCACCCCGGCCUCAGUUUCUCUCCACGCUGCUCUCCUGGAUCCUCACCUCAGAGUUCACCGGGCUUGCAGAGGGCCAGAGCGCCUGCUCCGUACCGCAGGGACUUUGAGGCAAAGCUUCGCAAUUUUUACAGAAAGCUGGAGGCUAAAGGCUAUGGCCAGGGGCCAGGGAAAAUCAAGCUCAUCAUCAGAAGAGAACAUCUACUGGAAGGCACUUUUAAUCAAGUAAUGGUCUACUCACGCAAAGAGCUCCAGAGAAACAAGCUCUACAUCACCUUUGUCGGAGAAGAAGGUUUGGAUUACAGUGGCCCAUCGCGGGAGUUCUUCUUCCUGUUAUCUCAGGAGCUGUUUAACCCCUACUACGGUCUGUUUGAGUACUCGGCCAAUGACACGUACACAGUGCAGAUCAGCCCCAUGUCUGCAUUUGUAGAAAACCAUUUGGAAUGGUUCCGUUUCAGUGGCCGUAUUUUGGGUCUGGCUCUGAUCCACCAGUAUCUGUUGGAUGCCUUCUUCACUCGACCGUUCUACAAGGCCCUGCUCAGACUAGUGACAGAUCUGAGUGAUUUGGAAUACCUGGAUGAAGAGUUCCAUCAGAGCCUGCAGUGGAUGAAGGACAACGAUAUCACGGAUAUCCUGGAUCUGACGUUUACAGUCAACGAGGAGGUCUUCGGACAGGUCAUAGAGAGGGAACUGAAGUCGGGAGGCUCCAAUACCCAAGUGACGGAAAAGAACAAGAAGGAAUACAUUGAGCGCAUGGCGAGAUGGAGGGUGGAGAGGGGGGUUAUGCAGCAGACCGAAGCCCUUGUAAGAGGUUUCUAUGAGGUUGUAGACUCCCGUCUGGUUUCAGUGUUCGAUGCUCGUGAGCUGGAGUUGGUCAUUGCAGGCACGGCUGAGAUCGAUUUGAAUGACUGGAGAUCCAACACAGAAUACAGAGGAGGUUACCAUGAUGGGCACGCUGUGAUUCGUAGUUUCUGGGAUGCGGUGGAACGCUUCAAUAAUGAACAGAGGCUGCGCCUGCUGCAGUUCGUGACGGGAACGUCCAGUGUCCCUUACGAGGGUUUCGCUGCGCUCCGUGGGAGCAACGGCCUGCGGCGCUUCUGCAUUGAAAAGUGGGGAAAGAUUACCUCUCUGCCAAGAUCCAAAGGCUGA